AUGGCUGCCCGCCGCACAGCUGGGAGGACAACUCGACGAGCUGACGAUCUCGGUUACGGCCGAGAGGAUUUGGGCGAGGGCGGCUCUGAUGAAGCAGGGCGAUAUUCUUGGACCAGGAACGGAAUGGAAAUUCUGGUGACGGCCGCAGUUGGUCCCAACACUACCAAAAAGGACAUCUCCGCAUCGUUCGCCAUGCGUCAGGUUUCAAUCGCUGUUGAAGGCGAAGUCCUUUUUGACGGGAUCCCAGGAUGCGAGCUGGACGUGGACGAGUGCUUUUGGGAGAUCGAUGAGGAUGAUGAUGGAAACAAGAAGCUGGUGAUACACUUAGCCAAAAGAGGCGUUACUUCACGGUGGCCUGAGACUCUGUUGAAGAAUUGA